AUAGACUGUUGUCUUUAGGUCAGGUAUCUACCACACAGACACAUAAGUAACAUGAACCGUUAUUGUCUCAUCCUUUACCUCCUCCUUCAAGGGUGGCUAAUUGAACUGAGCAAACAGCGGGAUAUGCCCUUCUUCAACAGCACGGCGGGGGGCCCGUCGAUGUACAGCUCCUACGUCGCUGCCCUUUAUUUUACCCUCAGCAGCCUGACCAGUGUGGGCUUUGGCAAUAUCAGUGCCAACACCCCUGCUGAGAAGAUCUUCUGCAUCUGCACCAUGUUUGUUGGCGGUAUGGGCCUCUGUUCAGCACGCCAGAGCAAGAAAUUCAGCAGGAACGCUGAUGUACGCCCUGGAGUUCAGUAACGUGACCAUCAUCAUCCAGCGUAUGUACUCAUGCCGUUCUCUCUACGACACAAGCAUGAAGGACCUGAAGGACUUCAUCCGUCUCCACCAUCUGCCUGAGCAGCUCGAAAAUCGCAUGCUGGAGUACUUCCAGUCCACAUGGUCUGUCAACAGUGGCAUAGAUGUCAACGAGGUAGGAAUCCCUUUCAUUGUUGUUGACAUGUCAUGCUUUUGUACAUUGUGCUGUCUGCCCUAAAGAAACUU